AUGACACGCCAAGUUUUAUAUUUCAUAAAUGAAGUAUUAUGGUGUCUGCUUUAUCCCCUAUUUUAUUAUUUGUUUCCUCGCUUCUUGUUUAGUGCUUACCUGGUGAUUUUGUUAAGCUCAUGACUCUGCAGUCUUCUCUUCUUGAAUUGUCAGUUACCAUGGAAAUACCCCUCAGAGGCCCACAACAAGCAUGCGUAGGACAGGCUGUCUGGGCAUGCGCUCCUCUUCCGGCUCUGUCAACUGCAAUCACUAUGGCGGAGGCAGUUCCCAUGCCCCAGUUUCGGCCAGUUACACACCUGAUAUUUGACAUGGAUGGACUGCUUCUGAAUACUGAAGAUAUUUAUACUGAGGUGUUUCAAGAAAUAUGUCAGCGCUACGGGAAGCAAUACAACUGGGAUGUCAAGGCCCGGGUCAUGGGAAAGAGAACUCUAGAAACCACAGAGACCAUAGUAGAGUACCUGCAGUUACCCAUGACCAAAGAAAAGCUGAUGGAAGAAAGCCAGGAGAAGCUGCAGAAGGUGCUGCACACAGCUUCACUCAUGCCGGGAGCAAAUGAGCUGAUCCACCACCUUCGGAAGAAACACAUACCCUUCGCCCUGGCCACCAGCUCCAGCUCUCUCUCCUUCCAAAGGAAGACCAGCAGACACGAGGGAUUCUUUGGUUUAUUUGACCACAUUGUUCUGGGUGAUGACCCUGAGGUUCAUCAUGGCAAGCCAGCCCCAGACAUAUUUCUUACUUGUGCCAAGAGGUUCUCUCCCCCCGCUGAGCCAGAAAACUGCCUCGUCUUUGAAGAUUCUCCAAAUGGAGUGGACGCAGCGGUGACCUGUGGGAUGCAGGCGGUCAUGGUACCUGAUAAAAACCUGAGCACAGACUUGACAAAAAAGGCCACCCUGGUGCUUAGUUCCCUGAAAGACUUCAAGCCUGAACUGUUUGGCCUACCUGCCUUUGAGUGAGGGGGAAGGGGAAACAGGCUGCUUGUGGGCCUCCUGGAACCCAAGGCCCACAUAGCUGAGGGAAAAGGUUAGGAAACCAGCAGCAUCCAGAUUGUCCUUCAUUGUC